AGCCAGCUGAGACGCAGAGCCCGGGCUCAGUUGCCUUCAGUGGCUCGACUUGCACCGGCAAUGCCUCUUCGCUGCUUGGACGCCGCACUUCUGCCGCCGCCGCAGGCGGCGGCGCCAAAGCUGCGUCGGACCGAGGAUUCACAGAGCGACUUCCUGGCGGCGCCUUCCGUGAAGAAGAUCACCCGGACACAGGCCACGAGCUUCCUCUUCGCGGAUCGGCCGGCGGCUUUCAACUACACGGUGGAGGAGGCGGCGCACCAUGCCCAGCACGCCGACGAAGAGUCCAAGUCCAUUCAGAAGGCCUUGGCCAAGGACCAUUCCGUGACAGCAGAGGAGGCCAAGUUCCUCUCGGUGCUUGCAGGGCCUUUGACCUUCCUGACCAGCAUCUUCGCCAUUACCGCAGCCUACCUGGAGGUGCAGAACGGGUGGAUGCUCGUGCAGAAAGCAAAGAUGAUCAAAGAGGAGACAUUGCUCACGCGUCUCCGCGGGAGCACUGAGGCUGCAUGAGGCCUACCCAGAUGAAUACUUGCAGGGUAGGCGUUUCCUCCGUGGCAGGGAACAAUGCGUAUAAUGUGAACCGGCUUGGUUAUCCCGUUCACAUUAUACAUAAAGUUCCCUCGUACGCGUUUCCUCCCCCCAAAAAGACAGGACUCGCUCACAAGUGAGACUUCAACCAACGGCCUGUCAAUCCUGCAUUCAGAGUCGCCAGCGAGUUUGGCGUUACGCCGCCCGGUCCAAAUCCUGGGCCUUCGAAGGCCCAUCGCAAACAAUUGGCGCGUUGCGCGGGUCGACGGGAGCGACCGGCGAAAAGGGAUUCCUUGUUGC